UGCAAAGGAACAACUGCCUCGUUUGUUGAUAAUUGUGGACUAUAUAAAUGUUAAGUGAUGAAGUUACACCAUAACGCUGACUGAAUCCAGUUAAGAACUAGAUUGCGCCGACAGAAAUGGAUAGAGAUACGAAAUAUUUAUUACGAAGGAUUGUAAUUGACGUUCUGUGCUUAUUUACAGUUGGUUUCCCAAUUCUUCUGUUCUACUAUUUUGGAAAGCCCUUCGAGAGGGGUUUCUACUGUGACGAUGAGUCUCUCAAAUAUCCAUUUAAGCCAUCAACCGUUACUAGUCCGAUGCUAUACUUGGUGGGAAUGUUUUUGCCUAUUACUUCGUUUGUUGUUACUGAAUUCAUACACUAUAGACAGUCAAAUGGACAAGUGGCAAGAACAUUCUAUGGCAGAGCAAUUCCACCCUGGAUUUGGUCAUCAUAUAAAACGAUAGGAGUGUUUGGAUUUGGAGUUGCAUGUUCCCACUUGACAACAGACAUCGCAAAAUAUGUUAUAGGACGUCUGCGGCCGCAUUUCUUUGCCGUAUGUGUGCCAAAUAUUACCUGUACAGAGCCGAAAUAUAUGCACAAAUACAUUGAGGAAUUUACUUGCACUGGUGACCACCCAGAGUUAUUCAAAGAAGUCAGGUUGUCUUUUCCAUCAGGACAUUCUUCAUUUUCAGCAUAUACAAUGAUAUAUUUAGUAUUGUACCUGCAAGCCCGGAUGACAUGGAAAGGCUCCAAACUUUUGAAACACUUCUGUCAGUACAUUUGUUUAUUAAUAGCUGUGGGCACAGCCUUGUCUCGCGUUUCUGACUAUAAACAUCACUGGAGUGAUGUACUCGCUGGGUUUCUUCAGGGAGCUGUUUUUGCAGUGUCUGUGGUGCUGUUCAUUUCUGACUUGUUUCCAGUGAAACACAAUCCAGCACUUCCUGUACCAGAUAUGGAUACAGAUCCUCCAAGCCAUACAGGAAAUGUUUCAGUGAAAGUAAUAUGAGACGUCUGAUUAUUGUCUUCAAAAUGACUUACUAUGAAUUAGCAGUGGGCUUCCAAAAUUGUAUGAAAGGCUACAUAUAUGUACAUUGUCAGUUCUAUGGGAAUAGAGAAUUACCAAUGCUACAACAGCAAUAAAAAUAAAUGGAAAGAGCAUAUGUAAGAACAGGUGAAACAAUGAUCUGGCUGCAAUAUCAAAAGUGACACACACACACACACACACACACACACACACACACACACACACACAAAAGCAAUCAGUGAAUCUUGAGCUUGAGAACUGGAGGUGUCUUCCUGAAAAAUCUUCAGACUUUUUCUGAAGGAGGAGCAACAUUGGGAGUGUAUGAAAUAGAUUGUGUCACUCCGACUACUGUGCCAAAGGCUUCCAUAAAUUGCUUCCCCAUUGCAUGUCCUAACUCCUUGGCUUUUAUAACAAUUAUGUUUCCUUACAUUUUGCAGAAGAUACUUUCUACCCUAAAGCUCAAGAUUUUAUUAUUUUAACAAAUGCAGUGGAUCUGUAUAGUUUUUUUAUUGUUAUUAGACUCCAUUUGGCUUAACUGUUUCUUAUUAUGUAUACAAUAUGUUGAACUUUAAUAUUAAGACAGGAUAUAUAUCUUCACCAUGUAUCUUUGUCAUAUUGCGUAUGUUGGUAGCAACUUUUAAGUUUCAUCCACAAAAGAAACUACCGUCUAAUAGAGAUGGGUAGAUUGUCAAUAAAAAUUACUGUCUAGUUCAGAUCAUUCUGUUCUGUCUAGUGAUGUACUUCCACAAUAACUUUUUAUAGAACUACAUAAUAAUUGUAAGAGCAUUUGUUGCAAACUGUUAUAAAAUGUAGUGCAUUUUGUUCCAAUUUGUGACAGAAGCAGUACAGAUUAUUGUUAUGGUUAUUGUUAUUAUUAUUAUUAUUAUUAUUGUCAUCUUAUUUAGGGAUAAUUUUGGGCAAUUAAUAUAGAAUUACCAAAUAUAAAAGAGCAAUUGUACCAGCAGGCUCAGAGAAAAGUACAAGUGAAAUUGGUUACAAGUUCCAUCCAUCCUCAUGACUCUGUUGUUUUUCUCUUGCAGCUCCCAUAGUUGCAUGAAAACUAGGUCAGUGGUAGAAUUCAGUAUUAAGCAACCUAGAGAGAAAAUGAUUGCAAAGAUCAUUCGAUUUUAUGUGUACAGUUUAUUACAGAGUAGCCAUAUGUGACUGUGUGAUAAGUAUUAUUAAAAUGGUGAAGGAAGUGACUACCGUGAACUGAUAGAUACACCAGAAUUGCAAUGUUUUGGUGUUGUAUGUACGUAUAACACAAAAGACAUACUUGUACAGAAGAAUGUACUAAGUUUUAUAUAAUAUUUUUAUUUCAUCCGCUUAGCUUUUUCAAAUUUUUGGUGGUGAAAGUUUAGUUAUAGCAAAAGAUGUCACUUUUCAGCCCGUAUUUCAGUGUAGUUCAUUCGAUAUCAGUAUGAAUAACUUUUAUAUUUUCAUAUUUCUUCUGAAAUUUAUUUUCUAAGCUAUACUUGAACCACUGCCAUGACAUCUUUUACAUCAUACUCAAGUCUUUCUGAGGUGAGAUCGUAACUGAAAUUACACUUUGUAUUGCUAGAUUAAAAGUAUGUUUUAUUGUAUUUUAUUUGAUAGAUAUUCAACAUUUCAUUCAGGCUCUUUCUCAUAGUGUCAUCAACUGUUUCAACAUUAUGUGGAUUGUUGCACAAUGAAACACUUCCAACAUCAUUGUACUGUACUUAAAAAGCUCACUGGCAGACUUUUGGCAUGUGAAACUCUUUUUCUAUGUUCAGGUAAAAAUAUAUAUAAAUUGGUUUGUUUUUAUACAUUGCUUUCACUGUGGUAUUGAAGUUGGUCAGCCACAUCGAAAUAAGAUUGUGAAGGAACAGUGCUAUUUUCUGACUUUUGUUUCAGCCUGUUAUAUUGUUUUUGCCCAGCAAAAACUUUCCAAUUCGUUUUUGUAUGUAGCUUGUAAUAAUUUCGGACUUAACAGCUGUGUUUUCUGUUGCGAGUAAAAAAUUCAUUCAGUUUGCUGUAAAUAUUUCUUCACAUUUGAGAUACUUACCUGGUCAUACUGUGCAUUGUCAUAGUUAUGUUCACUCAUAUUCAUUUGAGUUGGUUGAUGUCUUAACAGCAUACACAGAAUGAAGAAAGAACACUGUUGAUUAUGGUAACAUGUGUUGAGCCUGUAUGUGAUUUAUUUAUGUAAAUAUAAAUUGUCAGAUGCAGCAAUUUCCUAAUGACAAACUUUUUAUGACAUGUGUAGCUUAAAUACAAAAUGUAAUUGUGAGAUAUGUUAGUAACAUAAAGUAAUUUUAAUAACCGUUUAAUAUUAGUGUAAUUCAGAUCAGAAUUUAUUCUAUAAAAAAGCAAUUAUUGUAAAAUAAAAUUCGAGGAAAAUCUGUUGAAGGACAGUUUUGUGUUACAUACACUCUUUAAUGUAAUAGUAUUAACCAUACUUAUUAUUAACGAAUGGCUAUUUUUAAAAUAAUUCAAUGACAGGGUAAAGUAUAAUUUCUGUAUUGCUUUAAACAGAUAACAAACAUGUUCCUAAAUGUUUAUUUACUUUUUUUUUUAACUAGUGACAGGGAGAGAAAUUAAGUGAGCAACAGUUCAUAUUUCAGGACGUAAAGUUGCUGGCUUUUGUAAGCUGAACGUGUAUCUCCAUUUUGUGGCAUUCUUUUUUAAUUUAUUGUUAAUAUGGCAAUAUCCUCCAGGUGCCCUCCAACUUGUAGGUACAGGUUUGAUGGAGUAUUUGUAUGUUACAAGUUUUAUUGCUACAUAGACUUCACUGUUAUUAUUUCGAGGAUUUGUAGUGUUCAUUGUUAAAUGUUCACCAUCUUGUGACAUAAACACAAAGUAACAUGGGAUUCCAUUUGCUGAAGUAUUAUCUAAUUAAGUGAACAACUUUUUUUUGUAAAGAAUUUUUUAUUAGUAUAGAUCUCUUCUUAAUAUGUUAGAACUACUUUAAAUGUCUUUUAAGUAACUGUUAGUAUUACAAAUGACUGAUUACGGUGUUUGGUUGUGAAUUGUAGCGUUCUAACACCUUAAGCAGCCUAAUUCAGAUGUCAGUUAUUUAAAUAAUUCACAGUAUGAAGAACUGAAAAUAUUUUGUGAUGGUCUGAUUAUCCUGUACAAUUGUUCUGGUACAGCUAUUUCACUAUUAAUAAGUUUUCUUAACAUUUUUUUAUGAUCAUUAUAUGUUAUUUUAUAUUUAUAACAGGUGUAGUGUAUGGUGUUAUAUCUUGUCACUUUUAUGUGACAUACCUUUUUAUUUUAAUAACUGUGAAUGACUGUUAUCAGAUAAUGAAUUGCAAUAAUCCAGGAUACUGUGAAAGUAUAUUAACUGUAACUUAAGUGCCGCUUUUCUGCAAGCAGUGGUGCUUUCUUCAGAAUUUUUUAAUAAUGUAGGCAAUUGUUGUAUGCUUUUAGUUCUUUUUAAUGAAGAAAGACACACAUUCUGAUUGAAAGUAUGUGUUAUAAGAUAUUGCCUAUCUAGCAUUUCAGUAAGUAACAGUAACUAAACAAACAGAUAGAAGCACUUUCAUUCACUUAUAAAUUUCUAGCGGGUUGGCUUGUUGAUGAACUUAUAUAUGAAUUAAUUUUACAGAAAACUGAACCAUCUGUUCUAGUCUGAAACUGUGUGUAUAUAUAUUAUUAUUGUACACAAAGAGUGGUUGUUGUGAAAAAAUAAUGACUUAGAAAUUACAAUUAUUGUGCUUUGAAGUUGACAAGGAAAACCAUUUGACUUCCAUGUAGUGUAUUACUAGUUUUUGUAAAAGAAAGUUCUAUUCAGACUGUUAUAUCUUGUUCAAUAAAUUCUUCAUUAUUUAGAAUAUAUUGUUCUUUGUGAGUGCCCUGUUGUAUUGAAAGAAGUAAUAAAUGAUAAGCACUCAUGUGCAUCUCAUUAACAACAUGCAAACAGGGCUUUAGGAGGAUAAAACAUUCAAAUGGGGUGAUUUCUUUGAUAAAUAAAAUAAAAUAAAUCAUUUA